CCUCACCCGAACAUCAGGGCCCUCCAGACCCAGGCGCCCCAACAAAUUCCUAGAGGACCUGUGCAGCAGCCUCUGGAGGAUCGAAUCUUUACUCCAACUGUCUCUGCAGUGUACAGCACGGUAACACAAGUAGCAAGACAGCCAGGACCCCCGACCCCUUCCCCUUAUUCAGCACAUGAAAUAAACAAGGGGCAUCCCAAUCUUGCAGCAACGCCCCCGGGACAUGCAUCGUCCCCUGGACUCUCUCAGACCCCUUAUUCCUCUGGACAGAAUGCAGGUCCAACCACGCUGGUGUAUCCCCAAACCCCUCAGACAAUGAAUUCACAACCUCAAGCCCGUUCUCCGCCCAGCAGAACAGUGCCAAUACAUUGCACAGACAACUGGAAGAGGAGGAAGGUUUUGGAACAGACUCCUGUUUACAGGUCCCUGGCUGGAAGAGGCUGGAUAAAAUACUGCAUUUUUGCAGCGGGGCCUCGACCUGCCCAUCAUCAGGGAGGAUUCAGACCCAUUCAGUUUUUCCAGAGGCCUCAAAUACAGCCUCCUAGAGCUACCAUCCCGAACAGCAGCCCUUCCAUUCGUCCUGGUGCACAGACCCCCACUGCAGUGUAUCAGGCCAAUCAGCACAUCAUGAUGGUUAACCAUCUGCCCAUGCCGUACCCAGUGCCCCAGGGUCCACAGUACUGUAUUCCGCAGUACCGUCAUAGCGGCCCUCCUUAUGUUGGGCCACCACAACAGUAUCCAGUUCAGCCGCCAGGGCCAGGCCCUUUUUAUCCUGGACCAGGACCUGGGGACUUCCCCAGUGCUUACGGAACGCCUUUUUACCCAAGUCAGCCAGUGUAUCAGUCAGCACCUAUCAUAGUGCCUACGCAGCAGCAGCACCCUCCAGCCAAGAGAGAGAAAAAAACAAUUAGAAUUCGAGAUCCAAACCAAGGAGGUAAAGACAUAACAGAAGAGAUUAUGUCUGGAGGUGGCAGCAGAAAUCCAACUCCUCCGAUAGGAAGACCUACAUCCACACCUACACCUCCUCAGUUUUUAUGUUCGCACGCUCAUUAUCACCCUUUUUUGUACUUCAAAUCCCAGCAGCUGCCCAGCCAGGUCCCCGAGCACAGCCCUGUGGUCUAUGGGACUGUGGAGAGCGCUCAUCUUGCUGCCAGCACCCCUGUCACUGCACCUAGCGACCAGAAGCAAGAAGAGAAGCUAAAACCAGAUCCAGUGUUAAAGUCUCCUUCUCCAGUCCUUAGGCUCGUCCUCAGUGGGGAGAAGAAGGAACAAGCAGGUCUGACGACUGAGCCUGCUGCAGUGGCAUCCACGCCACAGCCUCCUCUGCCUGCAGCACCUACCACUGUUUCUCCACUGGCUCGCAGUGCGAUUGCUUCCCCGCCCUCUGCUGCUCUGAGUAGCCAGCCGAUAUUCACCAGUGCGAUGGAUGACAGAUGUGAACUCUCUUCCCCCAAAGAGGACACAUUUCCUAUACCCAGCCCCACAUCUUGCACAGAAGCAUCAGACCCUUCACCAACAGAUGAAAUCGAUGAUGAUAUAUGCAAGAAACCUUGUAAUGUAGCUCCUAAUGAUAUUCCAGGGAUUUCUAGUACUAACCUAAUUAAUGAAAUGAAUGGAGUUAGUGAAAAAUUACCAACCACGGAAAGCAUUGUGGAAAUAGUAAAACAGGAGGUGCUACCAUUGACUCACGAAUUAGAGAUCCUGGAAAAUCCCCCAGAAGAAAUGAAAGUGGAAUGUGCCCCAGCUCCCAUCACUCCUUCCAAAGUUCAUUCCUUCUCUCCUACUCCUCCAACCCCUCCAGCUUCUCCUCCUCCCACUCCAGUGACAGCUCCUGCUGGAGCCACGACCCUUAGUGCUCCCACCAAAGCUCAGGGAGUCUUAGAAGAGGAAGAAAGCAUAAGAACUUGCGAUAAUGAAGGCGGCAAAGAGAAUCAAAACAAAACGGAGGCAGAAGCAGAUGGGCAAACCGAAGAAACUGUGGCUUCUCAGAGCUUAAAUUCGAGAAAGAGCCCUGUCCCAGCUCAGACAGCUAUAACUGCACCAAAGAUGUGGAAGAAACCAAAAGAUCGGACCCGAACCACUGAAGAGCUAUCAGAGGCUGAGUUGGAGCCUAAAGCCGAAGAGGAGCUUUCAGGUGACAAAAUAAUUGAAGCUGAACAGGAUAAAAAGAAACAAGGGUUUCAUCCUGAAAGAGACCCCUCUGGCUUAAAAAAAAUGAACGCUAUGGAAGAAAAUGGAGAAGACGUUGAGCCUGUGCGUAAUGGCGCUGAGAGUAUUUCUGAGGGUGAAGGUAUCGAUACUAACUCAGGCUCCACCGAUAGUUCUGGUGAUGGGAGUACAUUCCCUUUUAAACCAGAAUCCUGGAAGCCUGCUGAUACUGAAGGCAAGAAGCAGUAUGACAGGGAGUUUCUACUGGACUUCCAGUUCAUGCCAGCGUGUAUACAGAAACCAGAGGGCCUGCCUCCCAUCAGUGAUGUGGUUCUUGACAAGAUCAACCAACCCAAAUUGCCAAUGAGAACUCUAGACCCUCGCUUUUUGCCUCGAGGACCAGACUUUACUCCAGCCUUUGCAGAUUUUGGACGACAGACACCUGGUGGAAGAGGUGUACCUAUUUGCAAAGUGCAGAACAGGCAUGGAUUGCCAAUCCUGGAACAGGGCAAAGCCCCAGCAUGCACUCCUCUGGCGAUGUCGCACCCACCCCUGAAGGGCCUGCCUCUAGGGCUGUUGAACAUUGGACCACGGAGAUCCCAACCUGGGCAGAGGAGAGAGCCCAGGAAGAUUAUCACCGUCUCUGUGAAAGAAGAUGUGCACCUGAAGAAGGCAGAGAAUGCCUGGAAACCCAGUCAGAAACGAGACAGCCAAGCUGAGGAUCCUGAAAAUAUCAAAACACAGGAGCUUUUCAGAAAAGUUCGGAGUAUCUUAAAUAAAUUGACACCACAGAUGUUCAACCAGCUGAUGAAGCAAGUGUCAGGACUCACUGUUGACACGGAGGAGCGGCUGAAAGGAGUCAUUGACCUGGUCUUUGAGAAGGCUAUUGACGAGCCCAGUUUCUCUGUGGCUUACGCAAACAUGUGUCGAUGUCUAGUAACGCUGAAAGUGCCUAUGGCAGACAAGCCUGGUAACACGGUGAAUUUCCGCAAGCUGCUACUGAACCGUUGUCAGAAGGAGUUUGAAAAAGAUAAAGCAGAUGAUGAUGUCUUUGAGAAGAAGCAGAAAGAACUGGAGGCUGCCAGUGCUCCAGAGGAGAAGACACGACUUCAUGAUGAACUGGAAGAAGCCAAGGACAAAGCCCGGAGGAGAUCCAUCGGUAACAUCAAGUUUAUUGGGGAACUCUUUAAACUCAAAAUGCUGACGGAAGCCAUCAUGCACGACUGUGUGGUGAAGCUGCUCAAGAACCACGAUGAAGAAUCCCUGGAGUGCCUGUGUCGCCUGCUCACCACCAUUGGUAAAGACCUGGACUUCGAGAAAGCAAAGCCUCGUAUGGACCAGUAUUUUAAUCAGAUGGAGAAAAUUGUGAAAGAAAGAAAAACAUCAUCUAGAAUUCGAUUUAUGCUUCAAGAUGUGAUAGACUUAAGGCUGUGUAAUUGGGUAUCUCGGAGAGCAGAUCAAGGCCCUAAAACUAUUGAACAGAUUCACAAAGAGGCUAAAAUAGAAGAACAAGAAGAGCAAAGGAAGGUGCAACAGCUCAUGACCAAAGAGAAGAGAAGACCAGGUGUCCAGAGAGUGGAUGAAGGUGGCUGGAACACCGUUCAGGGGACCAAGAAUAGUCGAGUACUGGACCCCUCAAAAUUCCUGAAAAUCACUAAGCCCACAAUUGAUGAGAAGAUUCAGCUAGUCCCAAAAGCGCAGCUGGGCAGCUGGGGGAAAGGCAGCAGUGGUGGAGCAAAGGCGAGUGAGACUGAUGCCUUACGGUCAAGUGCUUCCAGUUUAAACAGAUUCUCUGCUCUGCAACCCCCAGCACCCUCAGGCUCCACGUCAUCCACACCUUUGGAGUUUGAUUCUCGACGGACUUUAACCAGUCGUGGAAGCGUGGGCAGAGAGAAGAACGACAAACCCCCUCCGUCGGCAGCAGCUUGUCCAAACACCUUCAUGAGGGGCAGCAGCAGUAAAGAUCUGUUAGACAAUCAGUCUCAAGAAGAACAACGGAGAGAGAUGCUAGAGACUGUGAAACAGCUGACAGGAGGCAUGGAUAUUGAGAGGAGCAUUACUGAGGCAGACCGCAACAAAACAAGGGAGCCAGUAACUAAACCGGAAAUUUCAGCCACUUCAGCCCCAGACAAGCCUGCACUGUCAGAAGAGGAGAUGGAGAAGAAGUCCAGAUCUAUCAUUGAUGAAUUCCUACACAUUAACGACUUUAAGGAAGCCAUGCAGUGUGUGGAAGAGCUGAACGCCCAGGGCCUGCUGCAUGUUUUUGUGAGAGUGGGAGUGGAGUCCACCCUGGAAAGGAGCCAGAUCACCAGGGAUCACAUGGGUCAAUUGCUGCACCAGCUGGUGCAGUCAGAGAAACUCAGCAAACAGGACUUUUUCAAAGGUUUUUCAGAAACCUUGGAGCUAGCAGACGACAUGGCUAUUGAUAUCCCACAUAUUUGGUUGUACCUUGCUGAACUGGUGACCCCCAUGUUAAAGGAAGGCGGAAUUUCCUUGAGAGAACUGAUCGUAGAAUUUAGCAAACCGUUACUUCCUGUUGGAAGAGCUGGGGUCCUGCUUUCUGAAAUAUUGCACCUCCUUUGCAGACAAAUGAGCCAUAAGAGAGUGGGAGCCUUGUGGAGGGAGGCGGACCUUAGCUGGAAGGACUUUGUACCAGAAGGGGAAGAUGUAGACCAUUUUCUUUUGGAGCAGAACUUGGACUUUAUACAGUUUGACAGCUCCUGCUCGUCUGAAGCACUUUCCAAGAAAGAGCUCUCUGCUGAAGAGCUCUAUAGGCGACUGGAGAAACUGAUUACUGAGGACAAAGCCAAUGAUGAACAGAUCUUUGACUGGGUAGAGGCUAAUCUAGAUGACAACCAGAUGAGUUCGCCUACAUUCCUUAGAGCUUUAAUGACGGCUGUUUGUAAAGCAGCAAUUAUAGCUGACUGCUCUACCUUCCGAGUGGACACUGCUGUUAUCAAGCAGAGAGUGCCGAUCUUACUCAAGUACCUAGACUCAGAUACAGAGAAGGAACUGCAAGCACUUUAUGCCCUACAAGCAUCAAUAGUAAAACUGGAUCAACCUGCCAACUUGCUCCGGAUGUUCUUCGAUUGCCUGUACGACGAAGAGGUGAUCUCGGAGGACGCGUUCUACAAGUGGGAGAGCAGCAAGGACCCCGCCGAGCAGAACGGGAAGGGCGUCGCCCUCAAGUCAGUCACCGCCUUUUUCACGUGGCUGCGGGAGGCCGAGGAGGAGUCCGAGGACAACUGACCCGCACGCACGCAGGAAAAGGAGACAGAGGAAACAAUUUAAGUAUUUUUUUUAAAGUUUCACGUCUUCGCCAAUCACAGUGCAGCAAGGCCAAUUCUCGCAGAAACCCACGUGUGCACGAGUGGGAGAGGGAAACGAAAAGGUGAUCAUGGAGGAAAAGGUGCCGGCAAAAGUCAGCGUCAACCGGAGGGCGGCGGGAGCACUACAACCAAAAUCCGUGUAUUAUUUAUAGAGAAUAUUUUCUGUUUUAAUCUUUUCUUUUUAAACAAGGACUCAUACUUUAAAGAAACACAUCUGUUUAGCAAAAAAC